CGUCCUCGUCCUCCUUUUGCUGGCGUCUGCAAUCCGUGCUCCUGCUCCAGAUUAUUGGUUUUUGCGUCGCCAGAGAGGGUUGUCGCAGCGUUGCAUCGCGUUUGGAUUCGUCAGUCGCAGUUGGGUUGUUCUCAGUUUCAUCGGGAGUGGUCGCAUUGUGGAUUACACCCAAUUUGGACAUGGUUUGUGUGGUACGAGGGGGCAAGUGCGCCAGCAGAUCAGCACCCGUGCCGGCGUCAGCUAUGGCCCAGCAACAGAGUUGAGGUGGAAGUACAAUCGUCAGUCGAGGAUGCAGGUCUCUGUGUCGUCAAUGAGAUGAUACAUGUAGGAAUAGUUUUGGGUGAUGGUAGUGGGUAUUACGUUCUCUUGGUAGUUGGGUAUUUCAUGGUCCAUCACGCAAUAGCUGACGACAGAGUUAGGACUCGCGCUCGGUAGCACAGGACGCUAUCCAACAAUUCCAAGCGCGCAGUCAUCGACAUUGAAUGCCCUCUGAGGGGGUAGAUGUAGGAGGGAUGUCUGACGGAGAUCACCUCGUGCAUGCCCAAUCCCUUCAAUUACAUCACAACCUUCACCCACAGAGUUUGAGUCAUGGAUUAGGUCACGCACAGCAUGCCAUGCGUGAGAUGCACGUGCAUGGUCAUGGCGAAUCAGAAGGGCACGGGCAGGCUAGGGGGGACCAACAAGUCCAGGAUCAUCUAGAGGUCGAUCAGGUUCAUAACCAUCAUGGCCAUCACGGGCACGGGAUGCAUAAUAAGGAGGAAAAUGGAGUAGAAGUGGAAGAGCAUGACGAUGACGCUGGAGACGAGGAGGGUCUAGAUGAGGCCGACAUGCAUUCUGAUGGCGGUGGCAACCCGGGUGAUGGGCCUACUCCCCUGGCUGUACGCACGCAGGGCUCCACACAGCUCACCUUAUCUUAUCAGGGUGAAGUCUAUGUGUUUGACACCGUGCCUCCUAAGAAGGUCCAGGCUGUGCUUCUUUUAUUGGGCGGCCGCGAGAUACCUCCAGGCAUGUCGGGUGUCAAUAUGUUCAGCCAUCAUCACAAGGGGCUGACAGAGCUACCGGCACGAAUGAACAUGCCACAAAGGCUAGCAUCUUUGACAAGAUUUCGGGAGAAGCGCAAAGAGCGGUGUUAUGAUAAGAAAAUUCGGUAUACUGUUCGGAAAGAAGUUGCCCAAAGGAUGCAGCGCAAGAAAGGCCAGUUUGCCUCUUCAAGACCAACCCAGGAAGAGGGUGCUCCUGUUGCUAACUGGGAUGGUACCCUAGCCCCUGGACAGACUGUAGCACCGGGAGUUCAUCCAGAAGUCACGUGUGUACAUUGUGGAAUUGGUGAGCGGUCCACUCCAAUGAUGCGACGAGGACCUGCUGGACCUCGCACAUUAUGCAAUGCUUGUGGUCUUAUGUGGGCUAACAAGGGUGUAUUGAGAGAUUUGUCCAAGAACCUUUCGAUUACUGCUGGAGGGCAGCAGCAGCUCAUGCUGCAUCCACAGCAAAUCCUGCAGCAACAGCAGCACCAGGUGGCGGGCUUGCAGGGUAGUGUAGACAAUGCUCCUCAAGGGGUGGAUGUACAGGGAAGCCAACAGAGGGAAGGGGACGUACAGAAGGAUAUGGCAUCUAUAGUAACAGCUGAUGGAGGUCCUGUUCUUGCCGCUGGAUAACCCCCAUAAACUUGCCAUGCACUUUGAACAUCCAUCCUCAUCAAUUGAUUGUAUUUUUAUUUUCAUCUUUCUUGUUUUUGUUGAUGCCCUUGGAAGCCUACAUGGGAUGUAUUGUACUGCAGUAGGUGAUGUGUUCUUAACAUACGGAAGGUUUGUGAGGCUGCUCACAAUGUUAUGUCUGUCCCAUAUGUGGGAACUGAUUUCAAAGACAUAGUGCUUCUAUUUCAACUGCAAACUCUGGAACGAAGUUGUAAUAUAUAUGGAUGGGGGACUGAUGAUAGGUCGAGGUGGGACCUCUAAGGUUUUGCAUUGCCAACCAUUGACCUACUAUUUCAUGGGGGUGUAUUUAAUUUUUGGUAAAAUUAAGGAGAUUUUCCGAUCCUUGAA